AUGGCGUCGGCUCAGGUUUUGACUAGUUCGCGGAAACAAGGACAUUUAGAAGCUGGGAAACGACGGCUUGAGGAAUUUCGUAAGAAAAAAGCAGCUGAGAAAGCCAAGAAGGCAGCAUCUACCUCCCAAGCUCAAGCUUCCGAUGUUAGCUUAAAUGAUAAACAGCAAUUAGAAACUGAACAACUACGGGUCACCGAAUUAGGUGGUGCUGGUACAUCUGAUGGACCUGAGCCCUCUUCUGUAAAAACAAUUAACAACUAUAAAACAUUUGAAGCUUACUCAAACAAAAUGAAUGAUUAUAAUUCAUCUUCUACAAAAGCACAUACGCAUGCAAAAAGUCAAGAAAAUGAGAAAUAUGGUACUUCAUAUAAUGCUGGACCAUUGUCUAAUGAUAGUCUACUGACAGAACAUAUGAGUAAUGCCUUUCAAGAACCCAAGUUGAAAGAAGAUGGUUAUUUGAAGGUCCCUGCAACUUUAAAUCCUAUUUCUUCUGAAUAUAUUGUUAGUAAAAUAUCUCCACAGAAUUCACUGCAAAACAAAGCCAGUGGCAGCUUGCUAGGUAGUAGCCAUGGCCCAUUUUCUUUAUAUGAAGACCCUGAUCAAUCUACCUCAGGUAGAACAGAGUCUAUCCGAGAAGUUGGACAGAACUUGCAGGGAACAGCAGAAUUUAAGGAACCUAUGAUUUCUAAUUUUGGAGAAAGAAAACUCAGUAGUUCAUCCAGUGGUUUUCCAAGUGUGCAUAUUCCAUCCAUACAAACAUCUGGGUCAUCAGAGUUAAGUUUUGAUUUCAGAAAUUCCUCGAGUUACACGUUACAGCAUUCAGUCACAAGUGAUACUAGUUCCACGAGAUCUCGCCCGUCUUUCCUUGAUUCUCUUAAUGUUUCUGGAGUUUCUUCUGGGUCUCAUUUUCAACUUAAUCAACCUGCAAAGGAUGUAUCAGCCUCCCACAGUUCACAAUUCAACAGUAGUAAUGCAAUAAGAUCAUCUCCUUUUGAGAAACCAUUAACAGAGACUGGAAAUGUUGGAACUUACUCCAAGCUUGCAUUCCCCGUUUUUCCUAGAGGCAGUGAGGACUCUGGUCAUUUUUCAGCUCCUGCUAAAUAUCUUGAGAAGAAGAAUGAAUUCUACUGUAUCAAACAGAAUGAGGAUUUUGCAGCUUUGGAGCAGCAUAUUGAAGAUUUGACUCAGGAAAAGUUUUCAUUGCAACGAGCUCUUGAGGCCUCACGUACAUUAGCAGAAUCUUUGGCUGCUGAAAAUUCAUCUUUGACAGAUAGUUAUAAUCAACAGAGAGGUGUUCUUAACCAGCUAAAAUCUGACAUGGUGCACUUACAGGAAGAAAUCAAGGCCCAAUUGGCAGAGAUCGAGUCUUUUAAAAUGGAAUAUGCAAAUGCCCGUCUGGAAUGUAAUGCAGCCGAUGAACGCGCCAAUAUACUGGCUUCUGAAGUCAUUGGUUUGGAAGAGAAGGCACUGAGAUUAAGGUCGAAUGAGCUAAAAUUGGAGAGGCAAUUGGAGAACUCACAGUCUGAAAUUUCUUCCUUCAAAAAGAAAAUGUCAAGCCUAGAGAAAGAGCGUCAGGAUUUUCUGUCAACUAUUGAAGCUCUUCAAGAAGAGAAGAAGGUACUCCAGUCGAAGCUUAAAGAUGCUUUCCGCAGUGGAAAGUCCGUUAAUGUUAUCAAGAAUCCUGCUUGUAAGAAGGAUAUGUCAACUUCAACAGAAGAUCUAGCAAGUUCGGACGCUACUUCUGAUGACAAGGAACCAAAUAUCAGUAAUGAUGCCUCUACAGCAAGCUUGCUGCCUGAAAAUGGAGGAUUCGAAGUUUCUUCUGUUUAUAUUCCUCCUGAUCAAAUGAGGAUGAUUCAGAACAUUAAUUCUAUGAUUUCUGAGUUAACAAUGGAGAAAGAAGAACUGAUACAAGCUUUGUCAUCCGAGUCAUCUCAAAGUGCAAAGCUGAAGGAAUUGAACGAGGAGUUGUCUAGGAAACUUGAACUGCAAACUCAAAGAUUGGAGCUUCUGACCGCUCAAAGUCUGGCAAGUGAUAAUAUCCCGGCUAGACAACCUGAGUCUCGAAUAAUUCAUGAGAUUACUGCUCCAUAUGCAGAUGAGGGUGAUGAGGUGGUGGAGAGGGUAUUAGGAUGGAUCAUGAAGCUCUUCCCUGGAGGGCCAUCAAGACGGAGACCCAACAAGCGGCUUUCGUACUAAAUCCACAUAAUCUUGGAAAAGACAGGUCUAAACUUGCAUAUACCUUUGUUCUGGUUUGCCUUCCCUUGUUUUUGGUGGUUGUGAGGGAGAUUGCAAAUUCAUAUAGUUCGAGUCAAUUAUACACAACUAAUUCUUUUUUGAUAGAAGAAAAAAUUAGCUCAUAUUGAUCGGGUUACCAACAAAAUCCAAAUGUCAGUUUGUUAGAGUGGCAUAAGGAAGGCCCUCGCCGCAGUCACUGUGUUUUCGUUUCCGGUAUCAAAUAUUGAUGGGAGGGGAAAUCACUCGAUGCUGAGAGGAACUAAGAGACAUAAGGUAUAGGAGAGAUUGUUAAGUUUGUAGCGUGCAUUUGUUGGAUUUAUGAUGAACAAAUUUGGGUUUUUAAGAAACACUUGAUUCUGUUGCCUUCA